AAAACAGCCUGAAAUCUGACUGAUCGUUUUACUUCCUACAAACAUUCGCGAACCCUGUUACAAGCUUUCCUGAAAGAGCUGAUAGUCACACGGCCAUUUUUGCAAUUCGCAGAUAUAGCUAGUGAACCUCAUUUAAUGUUUUAUUAGUUGAAAGGAUAAGCUGUUUGCUAGUUAUAAAUAGAGUAAAAUAGAAGGGUAAAAUAGAUAGGUUUACAGAAAUGUAAGUGUGGUCUUACAAUCUUUAACAGUUUGAAAAAAGCUUGUUUACUAACAAGACAUUUGCAGUAGUUUAGCAAAGACUGCUACCCUGCUACAUAACCGGAAAGCUGAAUAUGUUCAGUUGAAUAAAGCUCAUAUGAAAACAUUUAAAGCUUGUUUCCUAUAAAUAUUUAUAUGGUCAUGGAAUAAUGCAGAAGAAGAAAAAGAAUAAACUAUGAAAGAUGUCUUUCCUGUAUUUCUUCUAUUUCUGUUGCCUGUUGUCUUUGUCCUCAUGUAUGCCACCUAUCUGGUCCCAGCCUGAGCAGGUGCACAUUUCUUAUCCAGGUGUAAAGGGUUCCAUGCUGGUCACUUGGAUAACCUUUAACUACACAGAAAGUUUGGUGGAAUAUGGACUAUGGGGUGGAAAGCUUUUCAGUCACACUUCUAAGGGACACUCCAGUCUGUUUAUUGAUGGAGGCUCAGAGAAGCGUAAAAUGUACGUUCACAAAGUCACUUUGUCAGACCUCAGACCUGGGGCUAAAUAUGUCUACCACUGUGGUAGUGAGGAAGGUUGGAGUGAUCUUCUCUUCUUUACUGCUCUGAACGAUAGCACACAGUUUAGCCCUAAAUUUGCUCUGUUUGGUGACAUGGGAAAUGAAAACCCCCAGUCACUGGCCAGACUUCAGAAAGAAACACAGGCCGGCGUGUAUGAUGUCAUCCUGCACAUUGGAGACUUUGCUUAUGAUAUGCAUGAGGACAAUGGCAGGAUCGGGGAUGAGUUUAUGAAACAGAUUGAGUCCAUUGCUGCCUAUGUGCCAUAUAUGACCUGUCCUGGUAAUCACGAGUGGGCCUACAAUUUCUCCCACUACAGGAGUCGAUUCAGUAUGCCAGGGGAAACUGAGAGCCUGUGGUACAGCUGGAACAUUGGGUCAGCACACAUCAUCUCAUUCUCCACAGAAGUUUACUUCUACCUCGAGUAUGGCCUAGAUCUCCUUUUUAAACAGUAUGAAUGGCUACAAAAGGACUUGGUGGAAGCAAACAAACCAGAGAACAGGGCUGCAAGACCCUGGAUAAUCACCAUGGCACAUAGACCCAUGUACUGCUCCAAUGAUGAUAAAGAUGACUGCACCAAGUUUGAAAGCUAUGUACGUCAUGGACGCAGUGAUACAAUGCCACCAGCCCCUGGCCUGGAGGACUUAUUCUAUAAGCAUGGAGUGGAUCUGGAGCUCUGGGCACAUGAGCAUACAUACGAGAGACUAUGGCCUGUUUAUAAUUACAAGGUGUAUAAUGGGAGUUUUGAUAAGCCAUAUGUUAACCCUAAAGCACCAGUGCAUAUAAUUACUGGCUCAGCUGGGUGCCGAGAAAAACACGAUGGGUUUAUCCCCCAUACUCGAGACUGGAGUAGUUUUAGAAGCACUGAUUAUGGCUACACACGCAUGCACCUCAUGAACUCAACACACAUCUACCUGGAACAGGUCUCUGAUGACCAGUCAGGAAAAAUUAUAGACAGCUUCACAUUGAUAAAAGAAGUUCAUGGGCCCGAAGCCUGGCUCUGAAGACUCCAUCUGCUCUAAGAAAGUGAAUAUAUUCCAACUUUUAUGCAAUGAAUUGAACUUUAAUACCACAUGUGCUGGAUUUUAGUUUGGGAAAAUAAUAAAUAAAAUGCAUUAAUCAUUUGUGCAAGAGACUAAGCCUGAUAUAUAUAUAUAUAUAUAUAUAUAUAUUUUUUUUUUAAUGAUCAGUGGCCAGAGAUUCUUCUUUCUUAACUUGUUAACUUGUUUUUAAACAUGAUUAUAUAAAAUGUAAUCUUAAACACAUUGUUGAAACUUUUAAUAAUCAUUUAUUAAUAUCCAAUGGAAACUUUGUUCUAUGUGCACUCUGAUUUCAGGAAAUAAUAUUUCUUUGGAACAAUAAAUGCUGCUGAGUUUUGAUUUUCUAUUAAACCUCAAUAAAACUUUUCAAGAUAUUGAUAGUCUUGAUAGCUCUCUUGUUAAUGUUUUUUUAGGGCAAAGUUUUGUAUUGAAUUCAAAGUAAAUUCCCAUAUAAUUAUUAUCUAUGUGUUUUAUAUAAUGAUAUUAUUUCUUUAUUUACUGACUAGGCAUAACUUUAUUGCCACCGAUCAGGCAUGUCAUCCAACUUGUUGAAUAAACCCAUUUGGGUAUAGUCAUUGAUCAUGUACUCUGAUAACUUAAAAAAUAAAUAAAUAAAGUGUAUGCCAAAGUCAAAGGUUUUGUUUUGUUUUUGGCCAGCACUGAAGACAUUCGUGUUUGAGGUGAUUAUGAGACAGUAUAUCUAAAUUUCAGCUUUUACAUUAGCCCUGAUCUUCCUCAAAAUCGUUUCCAAUUAGGGGCCAAAAAUCAAACUUGAUUGAGUUCCAUGGGCCAAUUGAAUUAUACUUUACCUUCUAAUAAAAUUUUAUUUGCCAUAGUUCUUAUUUAUGAUUUUAUAAUAUUUAAAAAUGAGUAAAUAAAUAGAAAACAUUACUCUGUGAUCUGAUUAAAUAAUGAAGUUUUAUUUUUUUUCAAGUUAUUCUUUAGUAAAACUCAAAGCACAAUUAAAAACAAUCGAAUUUAUUGUACAAUAGAUAGUAGUUUGUAGAUUGAUUAGAUAUGAUUGCCUGAUGCAGUUAUUCAGUGACCUUCAGUGAUUUAAAGAAAAUGUUCCACUUUUUGUUUGACCCCACACAUUUUCAACCAAAUUGUCAAUUGUGUGAUUGCUUAAAUGAUUAAGACCACUGUAUGUCUUUUUUGUCCUAUUGCAGCAAUUGUAUCUAUAUAAAAUAUUUUUCUACCAUUCUU